UCAAUCGGAAGGUUGUUGGCGAAAUAGCUCCGUGAUUUUCGCCCGAUAUUUCUCUCUCUCGCGCACGAACGGGAGUGUCGGAUCGCACGAGAAGUGAUCGUGCAUCGAAAUUAUCACGUGGGCACUUUCGUGUUAAUCGACGCGCGCGUCAACGAGCAUGCAUUUUCUGCCGGUAUUUUGCGGGUUAGAGCGAGAAGAAGUAAGUCGGCUCGCGCGGAACGGCGCGAAGUUGUCGCCGGAAGGACGAGUUACUAUCGUUCGACGUGAUAGAUCAGCUGUUUUCGUUGAAUCUCGCGCGCGACCGAGUGUCGGAAGUGCCGAAUAAUACGAGGAAUGUUUUAGUAUAUUUGAAAUAGUGAAUUUUUGUGAUUGAAAAGUGCGCGACGAUAAUAUUUGUAUUUUCGAUCGAUACGCGAGUUCGCGAGUGAAUGAUAAAAAUAUGUCGCGUCGCGGAGUGGAGUGAGGUUACUAUUUAAAUUGAGUCGUGUCGCUUUGAAAGCGUUUCGGCGAAAUCGAUAUACAUUUCCUUUUUAGCGGAGUCUCGCGUGUACAAAUAUACAUAUAUCGGGUGUGCCGAGUUUUUCUGACGCUGCGUAUUCGUGUGAACGAAUGUUUGGAUGUAACGACGUUUGGACCAGUCGAGGAUAUUAUGACAUCAGGGUACCAACCGGAUCUCAUGACGAAGACCAAGCAGCGAUAUCGAUGGCGUUUGCUGAUCUGCGGCAUCGUCAUCAUCGUCGUCCUGGCUCUGGUGAUCGCCGCGGCGAUUCUUCUGACCGGCAGUCCUGAUUCCGCUGCGUCGAGAACAAACAGCGCACCCGGUAUCUCCCUGGAGGAAUGGCUGUCCGGUUCCUUGUCUCCCAAGAGCUUCAACGGCACGUGGAUCAGUGGAGACGAGAUUCUCUACCGGGACGAGAUAGGUAAUUUAAUGAUCUACAACGUCAGCUCGGCCGCAUCCAAGAUCCUGUUGGAUUCCAACAAUCCCUCCUUGUUGUCGAGCUUUGAUCAUCAGUUAUCCGCCGACAGGAAGUAUCUGUUGCUCGCCCUCAACUAUCAAAAGCUGUACCGUCAUACAUACCUGGCCCAUUACAGGAUUGUGAAUCUGGAGACACUGACCGAGACGAUUCUGGCGGUGAACGAAUCUACACCUUUGCAACUCGCUACCUGGGCGCCACGAAACAACGCCCUGAUCUACGUCUAUCAAAAUAAUAUCUACUAUCGACCGGAAGCAGAAGUGCCCAAUGAUUAUCAGAUCACUCACACCGGAGUGUUCGGCACCAUCUACAACGGAGUACCGGACUGGGUGUACGAGGAGGAAGUAUUCAGCUCGAACAAGGCGCUUUGGUUUUCUCCGAGCGGCAACAAAUUAGUCUUCGGCUAUUUCGACGACUCAAAUACUCCCAUUAUGACCAUACCGUUUUACGGAUAUCCCGGAAGCUUAACUUUCCAAUACACCUCGGCGAUACCAAUCCACUAUCCUAAGAGUGGCACGACGAAUCCGACGAUCAAAUUGUUUUGCGUCGAUCUCGAUAUGGUGGUGCAAGGUAAUAACGUGACCCUGAUGGAGAUCGAGUAUCCCUCCGAGCUGUCUACCACCGAGAGGAUUCUGUCGGCGGUGGACUUCCCUACGGACAGUCUCGUGUACGCGACUUGGAUGAAUCGUGUGCAGAACAGGGCGUAUUUCCAGCUCUGCGACGUCGACAGUCUGCUGCCAAAUUGCACGAUAGCGCUCUCGUACAGCGAGAAAAAUGGCUGGGUGGAGCAGUUCGAGGCGCCUAUGUUCAGCAAGGACGGUACAUCCUUUCUCCUGAUAUUACCCCAGAAACAGAAGGACCGGGGCAAUUGGCGACACAUUGUGCUCGUUACAAAUGCAACCAGCGGCAAUCCGACCACCACCGCCCUCACAUCCGGCCACUUCGUCGUGACGGAGAUAGUAUCGUGGGAUCAGGAGGACUCGUACUUAUAUUACUUGGCAACUUCGAAACGCGACUCAGCGGUUCAGCAUUUAUAUAGAGUGUCGUUGUUAGAUAUGGACCACAAGUCGGUGUGUUUAACUUGUAACAUUGUCAGAGAGAAGGACGGCAGUCGGUGUUUGUACAACAGCGCUACAUUCUCCACUGACAAUUCGCAUUACGUGCUCACUUGUGCUGGACCUGGAGUACCCGACAUAAGCAUCUACAAUAAGAAUUUUACGUUGCUCUCCGUGUGGGAGGACAACGACGUGGUAACUGAGAUAAUAGACGAAAGAUCGCAACCGAUCGUUCAGAGAUACAAAGUUCCAGUUCCUGGUGGCUUUAACGCCCAGGUGAGGCUGCUGAUACCACCCGGUGCUGAUUUGAGCGGUGCCACCAAGUAUCCCAUGCUGGUUUAUGUGUACGGUGGACCAGACUCGUAUCAGGUGACGGAGAAAUUUAACAUAGAUUGGGGCAUGUAUCUCGUGACGAACAAAAGCAUUAUAUAUGCCGCCAUCGACGGCCGCGGCUCCGGAUUAAUGGGCAACGACAUGCUGUUCGCUGGAUACCGGCAUCUCGGUACCGUCGAAAUUUUCGAUCAGAUCAACGUUACCAGAUACCUGCAGAACGAGUUUUCCUUCAUCGACCGUGCAAGAACGGCAAUAUGGGGUUGGAGUUAUGGUGGAUACGCGACCGGCAUGACACUCGCCAUGGAUUUAAAGGGUGUCUUCAAGUGCGGCAUGUCUGUCGCCCCCGUUACGGAUUGGGCUCUCUAUGAUUCGAUUUAUACCGAACGGUUUAUGGGUUUGCCAACCGUUGCUGAUAAUCUACAGGGUUACGAGCAGGGUCAGUUACUCAACAAGGUUGAAAAUAUUAAAAAUAAGAUGUACUAUUUGAUUCACGGAACUCUGGAUGACAAUGUGCACUAUCAACAAUCGCUUAUGCUUGCGAAAGUGUUGGAACAGAAAGAUAUUCUCUUCAGACAACAGACUUACACGGACGAGGAUCACGGUAUCGCCCAAUCACGAGCACAUCUGUACCAUUCGUUAGAAAACUUUCUGGACGAAUGUUUUCAGACGUCAUGAUCGGAGCAUAGAAUAGUGAUGACAAUCUAGGACGCUGUACACCACCUGCCUCACACUUACCAGUUGUAAAUAAUCUAAUUAUGUGUACAGAGUUUAUGUACGAUAUGUAAUAUGAGCGUUUUUAGAAAAUGUGUACAUAAGGGUGAAAUUGUCGAGGAAGAGUGGGAGGAUGAACGAGAGAGAGAAAAAGAGAGAGCGAAAAGAAAAAAAUGCAAAAGAAAAGAGGUAUAUUAAUUAGUAACCAGUAAACGCGAAAAAAGCUACCGCAAGGCAGGUCUGUGAGACAAACAUGUUUGAUACAUUUUUUAAGAUACCCGGUCAAACGGUGCAUCAAAGGCCUAAUAGCGGCGCGGAUUCCGUCGCCUAGCUAUUUCACACCCCCCACAAAGUGUUAGAUAUCGUAUUGUUGCAGUUCGUACUUAUUAUUCGCGGCUAUGUUUUAUCUCAGCGUUUUUUCUUCGAAUGUCUUUAUUAAUUAUUAUUAAUGCGCGAACUGUUGUUUUCCGGAUGGUCAAACGAAUCGAUUUAACAUGAUAAAUUUUCCAUUCUACGUAAUUAAAUUAAAUUACAAUUAAAAAUAAAAUAAAUUAAUAAAUUAAAUUAUAAGUUCACAGUUUUAAAUUAGUUUAAUUGCGUUUUUAUCUAGAAUAUCACGUCCUAUAUUUGUUCAAUUCUUCUAUCACGGUGUCUGGUACGACAAUUAAAUCACUUUAGAAUGUUCACAUAUAUGAGUUCAGUUGCUAACUUGAAACGAGACUUCUUAAAAUGUUGAAAAAUCUAAUUUUAUGAAAUCAGAUUUGAUACCGCAUAAUAAAAUAGAAAAAAAGAUUCUUUUUAUAAAAAUCCGUAGUUUCUAUAAUAUAGAAAUUCUAAAAAAGAUAGCUUCUAUAUUAAAAUGCUUUUUUGAAAAAAGAAUAUUUGUAGAAUAUAGAAGAAUAUUUUUAAUAUUUCAAUAUUUAAUGUAUGUGUAAUUUGAAAUAAGUUAUUAUUCCACAAAAUAUGCAAUAUUCUUAAAUUUAGUUUACAAGUUGAUAAUAUAUUAAUUAUUCUUUCCGUCACAUAAAUAAUUUAUAUCAAUAUACUUGUAACGAUAAAAAAAUAAAAAAUGAAAGUACGCUAUCGUGUACAUUGUCCGACAAUAAUAUUACCGACGAUAUUCUGAAAUAAUUAUUACGGCCUAUUCAACGCAACAUGUAAACUAUUCAUAUUCAAAACGCAUUUGUUAAGUAUUUACAAUGCAAUACUUAAACUUUCGAUAAUAAAUUGAUAAUCAAUAUUUAAACGCGCUCAGUAAUUUUUUAAUUUUUAUGCAAAACUAAAUUUUCUGAACUCAUAUAUGUUAUCUUAAGGCUCUGGAAUACUCAGCAAAAAGUUAAGUAAAACUUUCAUAAAAAAAGGAAUAAAUUAAUAUCGCUUACUCUGAUAUACAAAUUAAUUAAUGAUUAACGAUUAAUGAUUGCUAGUGCUACAUAAUUAUAGCGUUAUGCUAAUCGAAAGAUAAAAUAAGAAAUAUUGUACAAGCACAAAUUUUUGCCAAUUGAACUCUACAACAUUCGCCGACAAUGUAACCAAUUAAUGUAUAAUAUAAAAAUCAAACUUUUGCAUAAAAAAGAUGGGAUUGCGCCACUUAAUUUUUGAAAUGUAUUUAGAGAAGAUUGUUCUUGAAGCGUUAUAUAUUUUCACAGUAUUGUUUUACGACUACUGUAACGUUAUUAAUAUAACGUAAUUCUGAAGAAAGUGCAACAACACAAAACACGAUAUAAUCGAUGAAAAUUAUAUUCAAAAUAGUAGUACCAAGUUUUUAUAUGUUUGCAGAAUCUGAAAAUAUAAAAGUAAUGUUUGUAACGAUUUAUGAUAUCUAUAAUGUCUAUAAUCAGAUAUGUAAUUAUAGAUAUUAUUUUUAGUAUGUCGAUAAAUCGUUGCACAUUUUGAAAAGGAGGUAUUUCAUUAUGAAAAUAUGUACAAAGACAUUCCCAGAAGAAAAUAACGUAUAAAUAAAGGUAUAUGAUAAUGUAUACAGAUGAUUAAAAUAUAUGUUUUUCAUAAGACGUAUGUAUAUUACAUGCUGUCAAACAUAAUACUGAAAAGUGUGAGCAUCAUGUUUAAAAUAACAGCAUUUUGUAAAAAAUUAAUUCCAAUAUUUUAAUAUAUAAAUUAUUAGGAGCGCGCUUUCACGCGAAACAUAUAUAAAUAAUAAAAUCCUAUCUUUCGAGAUCUUUUGGAAUCUAUCUUAUCACACGGCAAAACGGUUUUGUUGUCAACAUUAUGGAUAUCUAGUGCUGUUAAUAUCUCAAAUAUAUGUUGGAGUCUAAUAAAAUUAUAUAUAAAGUUAAAUAACUUGAAAUAAAUUUAAAAUAUUUUACUCUAGUUUUCUCUCUUGCUAUAACUUGCUAUACUUGUCUACUAAAUUCAAGUUGAAAAAUCGAUUUAAACUUUUUUCAAAGGUAGAUUAAUUUAAGAGAGCAAGUUUUUUAAAAGUUUAUGAUGCGUGUUUAAAAUUUACUUGAAGGAAUAAGAAUUCGUGUGUUUCAUAUUAUAUAUCGAAUUGUAUCUUUUAAUUGUAGAUGUAAAUUUUACUUUCCUAUAUUGUAAUGUUUGUGCUGUGGGUAUACCAGAGUAUUAAGAAAGUGCAAUUACAACACUUUAUAUAUCAUAUAUUUGUAUUUCUAUAGUUUAUAUAAAGUCUACUAAGUAACUAUAUAUAAAAGUUAGGCAGCAAUUAGUUUAUCGACAUAUUUUCCUUAAAAUGAGAUAUCAUAUCUAUUUCUUAUUAUUAUUAGAUGGGCAAAUAUUAGUGCCAAUGUGUAAAUGCACACAUAAGUAAGGAACUAUCGACAAAUUCUCUGACUAUUAAAGUUUUUUAAUACAAGGACCACUGUGUGUAACAAUUUCAAGAGUGGAUCAAGAUGAAUUUAUUAAAAUAAUUGUUAACUUUUAUCUUGACACACACGUGUUGUAUAUAGAAAAUAACUUGAACACUUAAAUAAGGUAACAGAGCAUUGUUAGAAAGAAGAUAUUGUAACAAUGACCCAGUAGAAUUAUAAAAUUGAGGAUGUACUCUCUUUCACCACUAUUUGUUGAGUGUAUUAUAAAUAAAGCUCUAUGUUUUAUUAA